CAUUGUCGAUCCGGAUAAAUUGCGAGGGCCAGAGCUGGCCCUCCCCCCUGGGCCAUGGAGCUCCUUGCAGCUCCCUGAUGGAACCCCGCCGUUGAUUCUUCACGGACGGCCGUCGGGGUGGCCGGAGCGUUCCUGAGAGGGGCUGAUCCCAUGUGAAACACGGCCGUGAGCCGUGUCUAUUCAUGGAAUUGUGGGGAUAAUUCUCCGGCAAUGGCGUCCCUUGGCGCUUGGCAGCUGUCAAACCACUCGGUGUUCCUGCAGCAGGAAUCGUCACCGGGUCCUCCGGAAAUGUCCAGACAACGGUCGAGGCCUUGCUGCGUGGUCUCCCGCAGGAGGAUAUAUAGUCACCUGGGAGCCUGCAAAUCUAUUCCCUCUUCUGGGAUACUGCGCAUCAGUUCCUUCUCGCUGCAUCAUACCAAACCUGCAAGAAGAUCCCAAUGCAUACAUCAUAUCUCCUGAGUGCCCUUGUCGGGCUGGCUGUCACGGCGACCGGAGCUCCCACGGACACCCUCAAGAGGAGGGAGAGCCGGACGAGCGCCCCUUCGGGCUGUUUGACGGUCGGCUCGGAUGGCACCUACUCCACCAUUGGAGACGCGCUUGAUGCCCUGGGCUCUUCCACAUCGUCGGCCUGCAUUUAUAUUGCCAGCGGCACAUAUGAGGAGCAGCUCACCAUCGACUACGCGGGAAGCCUGACCAUCUACGGCGAGACCACCGACACCGCCACGUACAAGGAUAAUGUGGUUACUAUCACCCACACUAUCUCGUCCGAGGAUGCAGGUUCCCUCGACAAGAGCGCCACGGUGAACGUGGUCUCCGAUGGGUUUAGCAUGUACAAUGUCAACGUGGAGAAUGGAUAUGGCAAGGGGGAACAAGCUGUCGCUCUGGUCGGAAACGCGGAUGAGCUGGCCUUCUAUGGCUGUCAGUUCAUCGGGUAUCAGGAUACCUUGUAUGUGAAGGCCGGCACGCAGUAUUACUCUAAGUGCAUGAUUGAGGGUGCUGUUGACUACAUCUUCGGGGAUGCAUCUGUCUGGUUUGGCGACUGUGACAUUGUUUCGAACGGUGCCGGUGCCAUCACGGCCUCCUCCCGCGAGACUACCUCCGACUCGGGCUGGUACGCGAUCGACAACUGCAACAUCAAGGCUGCGUCGGGAGUCUCCCUCAGCGAGCAAGUCUAUCUCGGUCGGCCUUGGCGGGUUCUGGCUCGUGUUAUUUACCAAAACUCGGUCCUGUCGGAUAUCAUCAACCCCAAGGGAUGGACGACCAUGGCCGAGGGAGCGACUCCGCUGUACUAUGAGUACAACAACUCCGGGGCGGGAUCGAGCACGUCAGAGCGGGAGUAUGAGACUUCGAUCUCGGCGGCGGUGGACAUGACCACCGUCCUGGGUUCGACGUGGGGGGAUUGGAUUGAUCGCAGCUACUAGCUGGGGGCUCAAAAUCGAGACGAGCACCUCAUCCGAAGGUUAAUGAGACCAUCGGCAGAUCACCCGGCCGAGAGGACAUGGUCCCUGCACGCUUCUCUGCCUGGCCCUGUCUUUAUCGAUACUCUUUUGAUUUGACCACAAUCAUCAUCUACCGGCCUUUGUGCCUUGAAUUUAAACUCUACUUGAUUCGUAGGC